AUGGCCAGUCAGGCGAGCACUCCAUCUUCAGUCACCAGUCCAUACUCGCCGAUCAAAGAAAUCGCAGGCCCUGAGCAUGUCAGCCCCUUUGCCUCCUCGUACUAUCGACAACACACAUUAGUCCCGAACCGCAUCAACGUCGAAGAGAGUCAACUCUCCGAUGAACGCUGGAGCAGGCAUGCAUUUAGCAUGGGCAUGCCCUUUAACGACAUCCACCGGUCCCAUCCAGACGCCCGGAAAUUCGUUCAGAAGAUGCAGAAGAGGUCCCGAAUAAGCGACAAGCAAUUUGCAGAAUCGUUUCUCCCACUCAUUCAAACCGCGUUGAAGUCAUCGAAGAAACUACAAGUCAAGACUGACGCGACCUUCCACCCUGACGCUAUGCCUAAGGGAAGCCCCGUUGGACGCGUCUCAGACAGUCAAUGGACUAUGCCACUUCCCAUCCCUAAGCCCAACAUCACUGUUGGUUUCAGCUCCAAAAACUUUACGUCGCAUGACCUCGAGUUGCAGGACGGUAUCAUCUCGGAUGCCCAGGGUGGACCCUGCAAUCUAGCAAAGAUCUCUCAACCUACAGUCGGAAGCAACUCAUUACUCUGGCCAUUUUUUAACGUCGAAAUACAACGGGACUCGUUAAUGGCUGCACAGAAUGCAGCGGCGGGAUCGGGGUCGACUUGCAAUAACGCGCUCGCACUCCUCGCGGAAGCGGCAGAUGAGACCGCAAUCCAAGGCCAGGGACGAAACUUCUUUUGGCCACCAAGAAGAUCCGUGCAGUCGUUUUCCCUCUCGAUCCAUAACAACUCUGGUGGAGGCAGCAAAAUGGCGACACUGAAUCUCCACAGCUAUGAAGGCGGAUUUUCCCAUACGGUGGCUCCAAUCCGAACUUAUGAUCUUUGCAAUGAGUGGGACGUGGAAUACCUGCUGUCACGGCUAGGCAGCAUCUUUGUGUGGGCGGAGAAUUGUCGCCUCCAGCAGAUCUUCACUCUGCUGGAAACCCUCGAUGCACUCGUUCAGCUUGAACCAGCAAGAGAAUAUUUGUCAGACAGCUUCCCACACGGGUCAAUGGAUGCAGUAACAAGUUCCCCUGGCAAUCAGAGCCCUGCAAGGAGGAAGCUUGAGACGAUUAAAAGUGUACUGGUAGAGCUCAGCCCGAAAUGGAUACGGGCGCAAUGA